AUGGCUAAGACUGACAUACCUGAACAGUUACAAGCUGGAGAUGAGUUUGGACCUUGGAUAGUGAAUGUUACAGAGACCCAGAGUGUUCAUGUAACUAGUGAAAGAGACUUCCAGUCCAAGUUGCUGUCAUUCUUAGCAAAUGAAGGGAAGACACUAGCUGAUGUCACAUGCUUACUAACCUCUGCUUCUGCUCCACCUACCGCUCCAGACCUGAACACAAAGCUGGUGAAUGCCAUCUCCUCACUAGUUGAAAAAUGUCAAGCCACACCUGUGGAUGGACCGGGCUAUCGCAAGCUACGCAUUUUCUCAGGUUCGAAACCCACUCCACAUGGAGAAGAGGAGUAUGAUGCUUGGGCGGAACAGACCACCCAUAUGUUGGAUGAGUGGCAGUGUUCUGAUGUUUUCAAGAGACAGAGAGUAGCUGAGAGUCUUAAAGGGCCAGCAGCAGAUAUUGUCAGAGGUGGAAUUGAAGUGAUUGACAUGAACCGAGCACGCAUUGAUCAAGUUGCUAGAGGCUCUCUGCCUCAUGACCUCGUAGCCCUUCGCAUAAGACUGACUUACAAACUCAAGCCUCCUCCCAGCUUUACUGAGUUGCUUCGGGAUGUAAGAGAAGAAGAGGAGAUGAUCCUUGAAAGGCCGAAUGUACAAAAGGUUGCAUCUUUAGCUAUUAGUAAGCGCGCAGAGUGUGCUACAGCCUCAGUUGUACCUGUUCUGCCAGAGCCUACGCCAGUCCUGAAAGAUACUGCAAUAGAGAGUCUAAGGAAAGAAUUUCAAGGUCUCAAGACUGAUGUUGCACGCCUCCUUUCUGGCUCUGUGACUGCAUCAGAAAGUGUGGCACAGCAGGUAGACAGGAACCCUAGCCAGAAAGCUACUGGAAACUCAUAUGCAUGUGUGACGGAGAGAGCUCCCAAACCUCAGUAUCGUGCUGAUGUCUUCUGCUACAGAUGUGGUGAAGAUGGUCAUUUCCAGCGGGAGUGUCCAAACCCAGAAAAUCUCAGAAAAGUGAACAAGCGUCUCUUGAAAUUAAAACAGCCAAUGGGAAAUUUUCCAGGGGCUCAGUAG